AUGGCUUCAAGUUCUUCUCUCGUGAGGCUGGGCCAGUCCAUCGCUGGCUCAGCAAGUUCGUCUUCUCCUGUCCUGAAACUGGGCCAGUGUCUCACUGGCGCAGUCAGUACGUAUACUGUCACCAAGCAACUCGGCGAAUUCAUUUGGUUGGGAAGUAACAAAGUUGGGCAGACUGUCGUGAUCAAAUCCGCGCGCCAUUUCCGAAUCGCCAACGAGAGGGAUGUCCUGAGGAAAUUCCAGUCCAGAACUCCGCAUCUGCGCCCCUUGAUAGAUGAGAUAGUCGAACCAGCAGACCUGCCUGCCAUCGUGUUGAAACAUCUCGAGGAUGAUCUACUCACCGCUUCAAACGCUAAGAAGCUUAGCAGAAGGGAGAUCAAAUAUGCAUCAAAGAGGGUUCUUGAGGCAUUGAAAGUACUGCAUGAAGAUGGUUAUGUGCACACAGAUAUCAAAAUGGACAAUGUCCUGGUGAACUACGCGCCAUCUUCCCAGAAUGAAAGUGGACAGCGCUUUACCGAUGUCCAACUCGCAGACCUCGAGAGCACAGUCCACAUAACCUCCCGCUUUUGCAAGGACCGCGAUGAAAUUGGUACGCCCAUCUGGCGGAGCCCAGAGGCGCAGUUGGGACUGCAAUGGGGUCCACCAACUGACAUCUGGUCAUUUGGGACAAUGGUGAUAUCCAUGAUCUGGGGUGACAACUUCUUUAUCUUCAAGCCCAAAUUCCCCCGUGGCCACGACGAAUAUGAACUGGAGAUCCUCGCCAAAUACCACAUCUAUUUUGGACCAUAUCCACCAUCAUAUGUCGAUCUCGCUGAUCAGGAGACCUUGGGAGUACUGUCACUUAUCAUGAACGAUGUGCCGCCCGAGAAGUUGAGACCUUUCUCACUGGCUAGCCAGCGAGAGAUUUCGGAAGACGACAAGGAGUUUGUCUUGAAGAUAAUGAAACUUGACCCAAGGGACAGGCCGACUGCAAAGGAACUUCUCGAAGACGAGUGGUUCAAUGGAAUAUGA